AUGUCCAUCUCAAAACAAAACAACGUGUCCACCUUCAACCUCAGACACAGGAGGGCAAGCGUAGAGGUCGUCGACGCCAAACUCGCCGUAGACCUAGCUACCGCGCAGUCUUAUUCUGAGAAUGUCUUUCUUUUCGUACCGAAUCUCAUUGGCUACACACGCGUUAUCCUCGCUGCCGUCUCACUCCAUUUCAUGAGCUUCCAUCCUAAAUACUCCACUAUCGCGUACUGCGUGUCAUGUCUCCUUGACGCAUUCGACGGACACGCUGCCCGCGUGCUUGGGCAGACCUCAAAGUUCGGCGCUGUGUUGGAUAUGGUGACUGAUCGAUGUACGACGUCAUGCUUGCUUUGUUAUUUAUCUUCUGCGUAUCCGGCUUGGGCGACACUUUUUCAAUUCCUUAUCGCGCUUGAUUUUAGUAGCCAUUACAUGCACAUGUACAGCUCCCUUGUAACAGGCUCGCGAAGUCAUAAACUAGUGACGAGCGAAGUCAGCAGGAUUUUAUGGUAUUAUUAUAAUGACGCUACAACAUUAUUCAUAUUUUGUGCCGGUAACGAGUUAUUCUACGUCGCGCUCUAUCUCAUGAAAUGGGAUCAUUCACCAACGGGUAUCGCAAUCCUCGGAGACAUGCCCUGGGCUCGGCUUCUUUUCUACAGCACGGCGUUCUUCUGGUUCGUUAAGAAUGUGGUUAAUGUUGUUCAACUAUGGAAGGCCUCUAAGAUCCUUGUUGGUGUUGAUCUUGCGGAGAGGGCGAAGCAGAGGGAGGAGGCGGAGAUGCAGAAACGUGUCAAGGAGAAGGAGAAUGGGAAUGGGAACGGGAACGGGAAUGGGAAUGGGAAGUGA